GGGCGGACUACUCCAGUCCAAGGAAUGCCCAACAUUCUACUCUAUGCCCUCGCUUCCGCCCUAAUCUACUCCUGCUCACUUUGUCCUCGAACCACGGUAGCGCAUCCCUCCGAUCACCCUCGGCUUCGGCCAGCAAUCUCUCCCAGACGUCCCGGAUGCCCUUGUAGCACCGCCAAUCGUGCUCUGCUGACGUGGGCGCUGCUCCCGUCGAUUGGGCGGCGUCAUCUCUACGACCGGCCUAUCCACAACCAUCGACCACCUAGGCCAGUGCACAGCGAGCAUAAUCACUUCGAUCAUGGCCGACUCCAUAGACUCGAUCGUCAAGGGCGCGCCGCAAACCGACGUCAAGCCGCCCCCGAUGGAGCCCAUUGGCGAGACGCAGCCCGGCGACCCUCUCCACCACACACCCAGCUCACCGUCCAUGAUCUACCUCAACAUGCUCAUCCUCGAAGCCUCCCUGCGCGCGCAGUUUCUCGAGCUCCGCACGCGGCGGAGAAAACACACCUUUUUCCUUGGCCUUCUCGCCAUCUGGAAUACCUUCUUUGGCUACUGCCUCUUUUUCGCACCACGAGAGGACGGCAGUGGAAUGGGAGGCUCGGUCUACUGGAUGGUUGAUAUGGCAGAGAACGUGUGCUUCAUGGCUGGAGUGCUCACCGGCGUGCUCGUCUGGGCCACUGGCAUCUGGGAUCGAGGUAUCCGCUGGCCACGAAGGUGGCUCGGCAUCUCGAACCGAGGCCUGCGCGGCUUCAACUGCAAGCUCGUCGUGAUCAAGCGCCCGCUCCUUGUUGAGCUCUUCUCCACGAUGGCCUUCUUCUUCACAUAUGGCGCCUUGUCCAGUACGGCUGGGCAGUAUCGAUACAUUGACCCUUCGAUCCUGCGCGAGGUGGACCGCGAGCUGAAUAUCAACCGCCAUGAGCACCCUACACUUCCUUACGUCAUAAUUGGAGAUGAGGAGAAAGGUGGCCACGAGGAAGAUCUGGCGCCAGGCGGUGACUACGUCAAGCUGUUGCUUUUGGCUAAGCCCUUCUCGCCUAACUUUCGAGAGAAUUGGGAGCUCUACCGCACAGAGUAUUGGGACAAGGAGAACGAGAGGAGGAAUCUCCUUCGAGUAAAACUGGCAGCGCACGACAAGAAGAUCAUCAAGGAGCGCUACGGCUGGCGGUGGUGGCUGCCUUGGUACAGGAGCGCAGCACGCACACCGCUUGUCCACGAGGACGCUGAGAAAUAUAACCACGGCCAGCAUAUACCCCAUGCCCACCACCACCGAGCUGCAAGCAUCUCGAAAGAAGAGAAGCGAACCCGCAGCGGGAGCAUGCGCCGGAAUAGCUCAUCGGCAGGAUCCACGCGGAGUCGAACGCCCACAGCUGAAGUGUCAGAGGAUGGUACGACUGUGAGCCGACGGGCUAGUGUCUCGUCAAAUGCAUCGGACAAGAAGCGCAAGAAGCAUCUCUCCUCGGGGUCUCGAUCCAAGCGGGAGUCGAGGUCCCUGACACCGGAAAUAUCGUCUCCACUUGCUCAAGCCAGUAAAACCAGUGACGACGUGGCGUGAGGCAUUCCAGGAGCUUAAGAUUUUAACAAACAGGCAUGCGUGGUUCGAACAGCGAUUGGGGGGAGGCAAGAUCGAAGAAUUCUUGUGAUAUAGCGAAUCCAGCCAUAGGAGACAAUUUUUGGCUGCCUGUCUGCCUUUUCCGUCGUGUGAA